AUGAUAUACGACUGUGAAACAGAGGAAGGUGUAGAAUCUAAAGAGGAAGAGGAAGAAGAAGAUGGUGACGACGACGACGGUGACGAAGAUGACGACGACGAAGACGAUGAAGACGAUGAUGAGGGGGGCGAGGACGACGAAGACGACGAGGUUCAGGUCUUACAAUCCUCCAGAGGGCCACCGGUUCAGUCGGCGGAUGACGACGAGGACGACGACAACGAGGAUGACGAUGAAGAUGACGAUGAUGAAGGCGGAGACGAUGAUGACGACGACGACGACGACGAGGAGGAAAACGAUGACGAGGAUGAAGACGGUGAAGAAGAGGAAAAUAGUGAUUUUGAUUUAGAUUGUAACAACAAGUAG